CUUAUGUGGACUAAACCGUUCUCAUUAUCGAUCUCUGAAUCUAAAUACCUGUCAUACUCAGCUCUUGAAUUCUCAUUUUUUAAAGUUUUCCACGCCUUAUCAAUAUUGAGGAAAUUUUCUUGGGAACCGCCACUUUUAUCAGGAUGAUAUUGUCUUAUCAGCUGUUGAUAGCUUUGUUUCAAUUCUUCGUAUGUUGCUGACCGGCUGCAGUUCAGUAGCGAGUAAUAAUCUUCUUUUCUUGCUUGUGUAGUCAUUAUCUGAAAUUCACCUUUAAGAAAAAAAAUUUGAAUGUUUUUCCUCACCAGCAAGGUAUAAUUAAAGCUUCUGGAUUCACUUUAUAAUGACUCUCAAAUUUUUUAUUCUUGUUAUUACGAUUUUCCUUAUUUUCUUCGACAAUGCUCACGCUUCUAUUCCUAUUGCUAUGAAUACUUGGUGGUUUGAUCAAGCUGCGGUAAAUGCAUUUUUAACUUUGCAAGAGGCUCAUUCGACCGCUGUGGACGCUGUAGUAACCGGAUGUUCCACUUGCGAAGAACUGCAGUGUGACCACACUGUUGGGUAUGGGGGAAGUCCCGACGAAAACGGGGAAACUACCCUUGACGCCAUGAUAUUUGACGGCACCACAAUGAAUAUGGGGGCUGUUGGUGGUUUGAGAAGAAUCAAAGACGCGGCACUUGCCGCAAAAAUGGUUCUACAGCACACAAAACACUCAUUUCUUGUGGGUGAUUUAGCGACUGAAUUUGCAAAAAAUUUCGAACUGCAUGAAGAGAAUUUAUCUACGAAUUAUUCCACAAACGUGUGGAAGGAGUGGAAGUCCAGAAAGUGUCAGCCCAACUUUUGGCAGAAUGUAAAUCCGGACCCUACGAAAUCAUGCGGCCCUUACCAAGCCGAUUCAAACGAAAUCCUGGCAGAUGAGCCAUGGAAAAUUUUUAAUUCCGAUAACCAUGACACAAUUGGCAUGAUUGCCAUAGAUGAGUGUGGGAACGUUGCAGCGGGGACUUCAACGAACGGAGCCAGUCACAAAAUCCCAGGACGUGUCGGGGAUUCCCCCAUACCUGGGGCGGGCGCGUACGCCGAUAGCACAGUCGGGGCGGCUGUGGCAACAGGCGAUGGCGACGUAAUGAUGCGAUUUUUGCCCAGUUUUUUGGCAGUGGAGGAGAUGAGACGCGGCGCCUCGCCUGCGAAAGCAGCCCAAACGGCCAUCGAUAGAAUUGCGGAAAAAUACCCCGAUUUUUUCGGGGCUGUUUUAGUGAGCACUAACAAGGGGGAAUUUGGGGCUGCCUGUAACGGAAUGGAUUCGUUCCCGUUCUGUGUGGCGAGCGAAGCGCUCGGUGGAGUGGUCGUGAAGACAGUUAAUUGCACCAAAAAGGCAUGAAAGCUGUUAUUGUAAUUACUUUAUUCAAAAUAAAUAAAUUUGGAUCGA